AUGAUGGCGAAGGGAAUGAAAUCAGUGGCGCCCAAAUGGUAUCCGGCCAUGGGCAACAACGAUUACUUCCCGAACUACAACGUCUCCUUGGAGCCUGGAAGCCCGUGGCAAGAAUAUGUUGCCAGCCUCUAUGCACGCGAAGGCGUCCUCAGUGGCGAGCAGCUGAGGACGUUUGCUGCAGGAGGGUUCUAUGCAGCAUCUCCCCGACCUGGCUUGAAGUUGAUUGUACUCAACACGGUGGCGUGGAGUCAGAAAGUUCUUGAUUGGGGGGGCGCCCCUAAGCGCCAUGUGCACCAUCAUAAGGACGCUUCCGAAGCGAGCCUCUACCAAGGGCCAGAUGCUCCACUGCCAGGUUCAGACACAAGCGGGUGGCACUGGGAUGAGGAUGUGGCAAGCAAGAAGAUCUUCGUCAGCUGUGACGCCCGUCCCGCGGAUCCCUUCGGUCAGCUUUCCUGGGCAAGGACUGAGCUGGAAGCCGCCCGUAAUGCUGGCGAACGCGUCAUUGUGGCAGGCCAUGUUCCACCUGGCAACAAGGUGGGAGACAACAACUUUUGCAAGAAGCACUUGGACGACUUUCAGCGGCUUACGCAAGACUUCGCCGAGAUCAUCGAGGUUCAGCUGUACGGAGAUCACUCCAAUGACGAGUUCCGCAUGGUGUGGACAGAGGAGCCACAACCUCGGGCCGUUUCCGCGGUCUUGGUGAGCGCAGGUGUUACACCGCGCAAGCACUGCAACCCGUCGUGGAGGAUGUUCGAGGUGUCCAAGGAUCACCAGGUGUCUGACUUCACACAGUACUUCCUGAGAUUGGCUGACACUGACAUUGAGUUGAACCUGGACCGCCGCUGGAAGAAGCUGCACCGUUCAGGCAGGGUGACGGAUCUAUGUCGUGCCUCUGCAUGCGCGCCGGUCCAAUUACUGCCUACUGCAGAUCCCUAG